GUUGUUUGACGAAGCUUCAGUUUGUGUUUUGUUUCACCUUCACUGAAUUAUUUUACUCAGCUGCAGUGACGUCAUACAGAAGCCCCGCCCACAAUCAUGAAUAUGAAGUAGUUUCUAGAUUGUGCAAACACUUUAAGGUGGUUUAAAAUCCAUUUAACGACCUUCAUCACAUUAACACACUAAAAACCUGCAAUUUUCAUGGACAACCACUGUUCGAGUGACACGUCAAGGUGCUGAAGCGCGAAUCUUAGCCUUUUAAAUUUUAACGGUUAUUUUGAUCCAUCUGAGGAGAAUCUUUUCGUUUAUCGAGCCGCAACAAAUAUAUGUUGAUCAUGAGAGCUCAGGUGGAUGUGAUGUGCUCUAAAUCAGUAGGAACUGAUCUGUCCAUGAUGGAUAUAGAUGGUUUCAUCACAGAAAUCAGUCUGCUGAAGAAAGAGUUGAGGACCCUGAAAGAGAGAAACCACAAACUGAACGGAGAGGAGAGUGUGUGUGACAGUCAUGGAUCCAGUGAUCAAACCUCCACAGAGUCUCCACAGGGUUCAGACUGUAAUGCUGGAGAACAACAGAUGCUGCAGACGCCCCUGAAAAUGUGCUCAGUCAAACUGCUGGACUGCAGGAAGAUGAUGAAGAUGAAGAGAGAAACCACAAGUGAGGAGCAACAGAGUGAUGAUGAUGAUGAUUGCAAUCCUUCAGACUCUCCGAGAAGAGCAACCCGAAAGUCUUACACCUGUGGACAGUGUGGAAAGAUUUUUAACCAUAAAGGACACUUUAAUGUGCACAUGAGAGUUCACACUGGAGAGAAGCCGUUCACGUGCCAUCAGUGUGGGAAGAGUUUCAAAUGUGCAGACGCUCUCAAAGUUCAUCUGCACAUUCACUCCGGAUUAAGACCGUUUAACUGUGUUCAGUGUGAGAAAACAUUUACCUUAUCAUCGGGCCUUAAAAAACAUCUGAAAAUCCAUGGAAAUAAGAAACCUCACAAAUGUUCUUUUUGUGGAAAGGGCUUUUCAAGCCUGUACUAUUUUAAAGAGCACCAGAAAAUGCAUACUAGUGUGCAAUCUCAUAUGUGCUUUGAGUGCAGCAAGACCUUCACUACAGCCAACCACCUGAAUCAACACCAAAGAAUUCAUACCAGAGAGAAACCUUACAGGUGCUCACACUGCGUAAAGAGUUUUCAUACGUCAGCACACCUGAGAGCACAUGAGAAGGUCCAUAAUUGAAAGAAGACAUACAAGUGCAGAUAAACCCAAAAAAAUGGCAUUUCCCUCAUAAGACUAAAAGCAUCUGUGAGGGAAAUUUGCAUUUUUUUUUUUUUUAAUUGUUUAACUGAAAAUUUAAGGGACCUUGAUGUUUCAGUGUGCUGUGUCAUGUCAUUAUUUUUAUUUUGUUUUAUUUUUAUACAAUUUUAUAUUUAACAGAUGCAUAUAAAAAGAUAUCUGUAAUUUGAUAGUUGUAAUAAAAAUUAACGCCUGUGAUAUAACGUUGUCAUUUGUCUAAACAACCACUGAGUGUACGAGCCGUUUCGAAGUGCGACUUUAGCAUUUUAAACUUCAGCUGCCCUAUUGAGGAAUCUGUAGUUAGGUGACAUUGAGACUGGGCAUUUCUUGACAGCCCUUUAUGUAUCCUGUGGACACCCUAGCUGAGAGCCCGUUUAUACUAGUAUAAAAACGAGCCACAUCUACACUUGUGUUUUCACUGGGUUUCAGUCUGAAAUGCAUCUCGAGUUUUCAAUCAAAAACAGGGUCUGGAAUAUUUUCGUAAAUCACUGUUUUUGAGGGAGCAAAACUUAUGCAUUUUAAAAAGAAAAUGCACUAGUGUAAACGUAGCCUUAGUUUGAAAACUCCAGGGUUGCGUUGUGUAAAUGGACCAAAACGGAGAUUUUUGAAAACUAUGGCGUGGAUGCCCACGUUAACUCUGCGUAUUGUUGACAACCAUGUAAACAAUAAAAUCAUGCUCAUUAUGAAUGAUCAUGUGACAUUCGUUUUAAAUGCAGUGAAAACACCAGUGUAGAAGUGGAUCAUUUCCGCCUCUUUAAAAUGAAAACACACUAGUGUAAACAGGAUCUAAAA